AUGUCGCGCCACCAGGCAGUCCGCAACCUUGACUACGAGGAGGCCCUUGACGAGUAUGAAGGCGAGGAAGACUUUGAGGAGAACGAGGCCGAUCAGCUAAGCCCCGAGGAUCGCGAGGCUAUGAAUGUAGGGACCGCAACAGUGCAAAGCGCACUCGGCCCUGACGGCGACAAAGUGACUGUGCAGCAAAUUCAGGAUGCGCUGUGGUACUACUACUACGAUAUCGAUAAGACGGUGUCUUACUUGCAGAAGAAGUUAAUUGCACCACCGCCAGCCCCAAAACAGGAGCCCAAGAAGGCCAAGGAUGAUGGUUUUGGUCUUGGGGGCAUCAAUGGUGAGAUUGCGAAUUACGACGACACAGCAUCAACUUCAGAGUAUCCCAUUCGCAGAGUGGCCUCUCUAUCCCCGGCUUCCUCUUUUCAUGGAAUAUCUUGGACCAAUGUGCCCAGCAACCGAAAGGCUGUCUUUGUUCCACCCCGUCCUCUCCCAGGCGGCGUGCUUGGUGGCGGCGAGGGUCCUAAGAUUUCCAAACUGCAGGCAUUGGCUGCAGCGCGGAAGAAAAAGACGGAGGACGCAAAAAAACCGGACGACAAAGUUGAUCGAGCGGAGAAGAGAAUGUCGACUUUAGCCCUUGACGAGACCUCAAAGCAAACUCAGAGAUCUGGUUCGAUCAUUCUUGCCAAACGACAGAAGCUGGCGGAAGGCUCCACCUCGGGAUCUCGAGCUUCGACGCCUGUCUCGCAGCCGCAACAAGACAAAGCUGCCCCAAACCCGGUCGGCAUGGACGUUGACCAGUCUCGUGCGUCGUCUGCUGGAUAUGGGGAAGAUGCUGAGGAUGACUGUCUCGUGGUGUCAUCAAAAAGACCAUCUGCCUUCGCUCAGACACUCUUUGGACCUGCUCAUAAUGCUGCCGCCGCCUCCCAAAUCUACACUCUGCCGUACAUGGACUCUUCCACCUUUGUCCCUAGUGCUUUUUCCCAGCCGAGCCCUGAUGACAUCGUACUUGCUGCUCAGGCGAAAGCGGGCACCAAGUUCGACGCUGCUGCUGCCAAGAGCGCCACCAAGAAAGUCGUCAGCAAACCGACAGGUUCCCAGACGCCUACUGGAGAGAUGAAACAGCUUCAACUCGACGAUUCGGCGGCACCGAAAAACAAGAAACUGGAUGUUCUCAAGGAGUUCGAAAAGAGCGAGAACAAGAGAAGCGCUAGCUUCGUGGUAGUCGGCCACGUCGAUGCCGGAAAGAGUACCCUGAUGGGCAGGCUGUUGUUAGAGUUGAAAUAUAUUGAACAGCACCUCAUCGACCGCUACCGACGACAGGGCGAGAAGAUUGGAAAGUCGUCAUUUGCCCUUGCAUGGGUGAUGGAUCAGCGAGAAGAAGAGCGUGAGCGGGGUGUGACCAUUGACAUCGCUACGAAUCAGUUCGAAACCGAUAAGACACGGUUUACUAUCCUCGACGCCCCGGGCCACAGAGACUUCGUACCCAACAUGAUUGCAGGAGCCAGCCAGGCAGAUUUUGCGAUCCUCGUCAUCGACGCUAAUACGGGAGCCUUCGAGAGGGGCUUGAAAGGGCAGACCAGAGAGCAUGCUCUUCUGCUGAGAAGUCUGGGCGUGCAAAGAGUCAUUGUUGCUGUCAAUAAGCUUGACAUGGUUGGCUGGUCAAAAGAUCGGUUCGAUGAGAUCGCGGAGCAAGUCACCGGGUUUAUGAAGGGCAAUGGGUUUCAGCUUAAGAACGUCACCUUUGUGCCCAUAUCCGGACUGAGUGGUGCCAACCUAGUACAGCGACCGGAUGAUGAAGGUCUUUCAUGGUACAAAGGGCCAACAUUGAUUGAGGCUCUGGAAGAUUCUGAUCCGAUGACGAGGGCGCUCGAAAAGCUUUUCCGGAUGUCGAUUUCGGAAAUCUACAGGACACAGCAGAGCCAACUCACUGUGGCUGGCCGGAUUGAGUCGGGCACGGUACAGAAUGGCGAAUCGUUGAUUGUUCAGCCGAGCGGAGAGGCAGCGUCAAUACGAUCGAUCGAAGUGGAUGGCGAGGUACAGGACUGGGCUGUGGCAGGACAGAACGUCAACAUUGGCUUGUACGGCAUCGACCCGAUCCAUGUGCGCGUGGGCGACAUCAUCAGCACCAAGGCGGCGCCAAUCGAGACGAGCGACACCCUGACGAUGAAGGUGCUGGCUUUCGACCACUUGAUGCCGAUGCCUGUGGACGUUCAUCGCGGUCGGUUGCAUGCGGCAGGCAGAGUGGGGGCGAUUCCGGCUGUGCUGGACAAGCUGACGGGGGCGACGGUGAAGAAGAAUCCCAAGAUCGUGCAGCCUGGCAAGGUUGCGCGGGUCGUGGUCAAGCUGGAGUCCAAGGUGCCGUUGGAGGCGGGGCAGCGGGUGGUGCUAAGAAGUGGCGGAGAGACAAUCGCUGCAGGGCUGUUGGAGUAA